UCGUGUGAUUAAGACAGACAUGGAGUUGGAAGUUCUGCGCUACACCAAUAAAAUCUCCAGUGAAGCUCAUAAAGAGGUAAUGAAGGCAGUAAAAGCAGGUAUGAAAGAAUACGAGAUGGAGAGCCUGUUCCAGCACUACUGCUACGCUCGAGGUGGCAUGCGCCACACUUCCUACACGUGCAUCUGUGGCAGUGGGGAGAACUCAUCUGUUCUACACUAUGGCCAUGCUGGAGCCCCAAAUGAUAAAACUAUUGAAGAUGGAGACUUGUGCCUGUUUGAUAUGGGAGGAGAGUAUUACUGCUAUGGCUCCGACAUCACCUGCACCUUCCCUGCCAAUGGAAAGUUCACUCCUGACCAAAGGGCUAUCUAUGAAGCAGUGCUGAAGUCUUCACGGGCUGUAAUGAAAGCAGUCCAGCCAGGGGUUGCCUGGCCUGAUAUGCACCGUCUGGCUGACAGAGUCCAUCUGGAAGAGUUGACUAAAAUUGGCAUUCUGAAAGGCAAUGUAGAUGACAUGGUGAAGGUUCAUCUGGGUGCAAUAUUUAUGCCACACGGACUUGGACAUCUACUUGGAAUCGAUGUGCAUGACGUUGGAGGCUACCCAGAGGGGGUGGAGCGCAUUGACCUGCCCGGGCUCAGGAGCCUGCGCACCGCCCGCAGCCUGGAGCAGGGCAUGGUGCUGACCAUCGAGCCGGGCAUCUACUUCAUUGACCACCUCUUGGACCAAGCCCUCCGUGAUCCUGCUCAGUCCUGUUUCAUCAACAACGAUGUCUUGCAGCGCUUUAGAGGAUUUGGUGGG